GGAAAUGCUUGCCUGUAUUUUCCAGCCGCCUCCACAGAGCAUGGGGAAGGAACCGAGGGAGGGAGGAGCUGUACAAUAUAAAGGGGGAAGCCUGGAGUCUCCACACUCCAGUAUUGAGAAAGACUCAGAAAGAUGUCCAUCCCAGUGGUGAUUCUGUUCAUGAUGCUGAUGACCGGCCCACAAGGAGCGGAGGCACGGCUUCGGAAUGCGAGGCAGCUGAGGACUCGGAGGGAGGCUAGCUGUAAUGAAACGAGUCCAUGCAGCCUCAUGGGGCACAGACCCGCCCAGACCUUGAAUCUGGACAAAUGCACAGCAGACGACUACACCCGCCCAGACCAACUCAAUGAGCUCGCCCUCUCCCCAUGGACCUACAAGAACUGCUACGAUGAGAACCGUUACCCGGAGAACAUCCUGGUGGCGGUAUGCAAGGGGAGGUUCUGUGAGCAGCCGCUGGCGGAGAUGCACUCUGUCCCUAUCCACCACGUCAUGGAGGUGACUUACCGCUUCUUGGAGCAGGGCGAGCAGAAAAACUGCAUCGAUCACCUGGAAGUGCCCAUCGGGUGCACCUGCAUCCCGGACUAGACCGGCAACUCAAGAGCCCUUUGCCCUU